AGAGCGUGGACAGCGACAAGUCAUGAACACACUAACAGAGCUACAUGAUUUUUGGCUCCUUGAGGGCCUCCUGGAGAGAGUCUUGGGGAUAUGUUGGGGCCUGUUAGAGUCUUGGGGAUCUGUCUCAAGCCUCUAAACCCCUAUUCUCAUACUCCCUCUUACCCGGCCGCUGCCGCCAUGGCGUGCCAGUCGAUGAAGGGCGACAUCUUGAAAGCGCCCAGCGAGAUCACGAACCGGAUGCAGGACAGCUACGAGUGCGAUGAGGCGCAGAGCAAGUGCGGCGUGCUGACGCUGCAGUACCGUAUCGAGUACGGUCUUGUGACGAACUGGGACGACAUGGAGAAGCUCUGGCACCACACGGUCUGCAACGAGCUCCGCGUGGCCCCAGAGGAGCACCCAGUGCCCCUCACCGAGGCGCCCCUGAACCUCAAGCCAACUCGCGAGCGUACGACCCAGCUCAUGCUCGAGACCUUAACCGGGCCGACGAUUUACGCGGCGUUCCAGGCGGCGCCCAUUCUGCACGCCUCCGGCUGCACAGCCAGCAUUGUCAGGGACUCCGGUGAUGAUGUGACGCACGCGGUGCCCAUCUACGAGGGCCACGCCUUGCCGCGCGCCAUCCUGCGCCGCGACCUGGCCGGCCGCAACCUCACGGACUACUUGGUACGAUUCCUCACUGAGUGCGGCUCCUCCUUCACGAUUACAGCUGAGCGCGAGGUCGAGCGCGACGUCAAGGAAAAGCUCUGCUCCGGCCCCCUCGACGUCGACGCUGAGAUGAAGACUGUCGCAGAGAGGUCUGACAAGGAGAAGACGUACGAGCCUCGGGUCGGCAGCAUCAUCACCGUGUACAACGUGCUCUUCCGCUAUCCCGAGCUGCUCUUCCGGCCCAGCUCCGUCGGCAGAGAGGCCAGCGGAGUCCACGAUGCCGUCCUCCAGGACUUGGGUUAGACGUGCACAAAGGCUUGCACGACUGGGGUGACCAGCAGCACGACGUCGAGCAGCUUGCCGACGAGCCUGGUUGGUGAGCUGGGCGCCCUCGCAUCGGCCACGCGGCCGGGACAAGCAUACAAGGUAGUAGCAGGAGUUUCAGCGGCUGGGGAGGCCCCGAACGCUCGGCUCGAGCGUGCAGUCGCCCUCCUCCCCUCCCUCCUCCCUCCUUCUGCUGUGCCUUCCGCUCCCUCUCUCCCCGCCUCUGUUUCAAGCCCGUGGCUAUGCCAGGUGCCUCGGCACGCCUC